UAUUCACACCCAGUGGCCAACAGUGUGAAGAAUUUUAGGAUUCCUCGGCAAGAAUGUCCAUGGAAAUAGUGGCCUUCGUGGCCCUCCUCGCAGCCAUGGCACCUAAUGUCAAUUCUGCCAUGGUUCACGAUCAGAGCAACGGAAACACGACCAGAGCAAUGAACGACGUUAUCGCAGAGACGAUGGAGUACGCUGUCAAUGAGGUAUCGAGUCUUACUAUUAACGAAAAGAACAAAACUUUUUUGAAGCUAAAGCUGGAAACAAUCGUCGAGACAGAGGUCGGACCUUUGAUGUACAAUUACGCAAUUUGUUUGGAGGAAAUACUGUUGCGCAUUGAGAAUCCGACGAAGGAUAAAGACGAGGAUUUGCUUGCUUCAUACGCACGUUCAUUGAACGUCGACUUUGCUAAAUUGUUGGAAGAGCUACUAAAACUAGUGACGAGUAUUGUUGAUAUAAUUGUGAAAAUCUUUAGCGAAAAGAUGACGUACUCCGAGGGCGUCAAACAGACCGUUAAUCGCAAGGAAAAAGUGAUCGAAACCAUGAACCAUACUUUGAGAGUGCUUCCACACCCCGAGACGAGUUUACUAAUCGCGUUGUGCAUGGGUAUGCCAAACUCACUUAUGAGUUACUUGCUCUAUCUGAGUAUGUGACUUGGACGCUGUUUGCGUGGUGUUUGAAUCAAAAUAAAUGGCACAAU